AUGGCGUCAAAGAUCCUUGAAGCUGCCAUGUCCCAGCGGCAGAAUGAGUCAGGUAGCGCCGAGAACGAGAAGCUCUCGGAAAGCAUCUCCGGAGAUGUGUCAGGGCAGGUCUAUGGGUUGCUGGCUGCGCAGGCCCUCAGCGAGCUCGGUUUCUUCGAGCCUCUGCCUCCCGGGACGCCGAGCUCCCUGCCACUGCUGCCGGAGAGGCUGAAGCAGGAUUGCACUGCAGCCUUCCGAACUUACCGGCGGUUCACAGAUGAUGGCAAGGAGGUCAUCGAUCCGUACGACAUCAAAAACGCCCUGAUGUACGCUGGUAUUUUCGGGACACAGCUGAACCAGGAGAGGCUCUUCCCUCUGACAGAGGCUCAGUUUGUGCAUGUUGCCAACGAGGCGUACAUGACGCGCUUCAGUCCCAGGCAAGUUGCCCUUGCUGAGGAUCUCUUCGGGAAGUUCGAUGCAGACGGCUCAGGUGCCCUGGAGCUGGACGAGUUACACAUGGUAAUCCAAGAGAUGACCGGGGUGGAUGAGGCCGGGCUCGAGGAAAAGCGUUUUGGCUCCGGGUUUGCCGCAUGGAUACUGAUGAAGUCUGUCUCAUGA